AUGGAAAUUUUCGAUACUGUUGGUGAUCUAGCAAUCGGAGAAGAGUCUAUAAUGUAUGAAUAUUUAAAUACUGAAAGGAAACAAAGAGUAAUCAGACCAAGUCCCGACCAGUUUGCUAUGUGGGAUUCAAAAGAAUUUCAACACCGCUUCAGACUUUUAAAAGAAUCUGUACUAUAUUUGCUUCCCCUAACAAGUGAUCAAAUUAAGUACAAAACACAAAGGCGAGCAUUCAUUCAGUUGCCAAGAGGUAGUGAAGAAAUAAGAAAAACUCAGGAAGAAUUCUAUAAAAUAGCCAGAUUUCCUAGAGUGAUUUCAGCCAUAGAUUGCACCCACAUUAAGAUUCAGUCGCCCGGUGGAAACAUAGCAGAGGAAUUU